GAGCCCAUUCAUCUGUGCACUUGGGCGUUGGACCCCGCAUCUUAUUAGCAACCAGGGAGAUUUCUCCAUUUUCCUCUUGUCUACAGUGCGGCUACAAAUCUGGGAUUUUUUUAUUACUUCUUUUUUAAAAAAACUACACUUGGGCUCCUUUUUUUGUGCUCGACUUUUCCACCCUUUUUCCCUCCCUCCUGCGCUGCUGCUUUUUGAUCUCUUCGACUAAAAUUUUUUUAUCCGGAGUGUAUUUAAUCGGUUCUGUUCUGUCCUCUUCACCACCCCCACUCCCCCCUCCCUCCGGUGUGUGUGCCGCUGCUGUUGCCGCCGCUGCUGCUGCCGCCGCCGCUACUGCUUGCCCCGUCGUUACACCAACCCGAAGCUCUUUGUUCCCCCCUUGGAUCUGUUGAGUUUCUUUGUUGAAGAAGCCAGCAUGGGUGCCCAAUUCUCCAAGACCGCUGCGAAGGGAGAAGCCGCCGCGGAGAGGCCUGGAGAGGCGGCUGUGGCCUCGUCGCCUUCUAAAGCAAAUGGGCAGGAAAAUGGCCAUGUGAAGGUAAACGGCGACGCUUCUCCCGCGGCCGCCGAGCCCGGCGCCAAGGAGGAGCUGCAGGCUAACGGCAGCGCCCCGGCCGCCGAAAAGGAGGAGCCCGCGGCCGCCGGGAGCGGGGCGGCGUCGCCCUCCGUGGCCGAGAAAGAUGAGCUGGCCGCGGCUGCCCCCGAGGCCGGGGCCAGCCCUGCAGAGAAGGAGGCCCCCGCGGAGGGCGAGGCCGCCGAGCCCGGCUCGCCCUCGGCCGCGGAGGGGGAGGCCGCGUCAGCCGCCUCCUCGACGUCUUCGCCCAAGGCCGAGGACGGGGCCACGCCCUCGCCCAGCAACGAGACCCCGAAAAAAAAAAAGAAGCGCUUUUCCUUCAAGAAGUCUUUCAAGCUGAGCGGCUUCUCCUUCAAGAAGAACAAGAAGGAAGCGGGAGAGGGCGGUGAAGCCGAAGGCACCGCCGGCGCCUCCGCCGAAGGCGGCAAGGACGAGGCCGCCGGGGGCGCCGCUGCGGCCGCCGGCGAGGCUGCGGGCGCGGCCUCCGGGGAGCCGGCGGCGGCGCCAAGCGAGGAGGCGGCCGCGGGCGAGCAGGGGGCGGCGGGGGGCGACCCGCAGGAGGCCAAGCCCGAGGAGGCCGCCGUCGCGCCCGAGAAGCCGUCCGCUAGCGAGGAGGCCAAGGCUGCCGAGGAGCCCAGUAAGGCCGAGGAGAAGACCGAGGAGGCGGGGGCCAGCGCGGCCACCUGUGAGGCGCCCUCUGCCGCGGGGCCCGGCGCGCCCCCGGAGCAGGAGGCGGCCCCCGCGGAGGAGGCGGCGCCCGCCGCGGCGUCUUCAGCCUGCGCAGCUCCCUCACAGGAGGCCCAGCCCGAGUGCAGUCCAGAAGCCCCCCCAGCGGAGGCGGCAGAGUAAAAGGGCAAGAUUUUUUGAGAUAAUCGAAGAACUUUUCUCCCCCCCCCCGUUUGUUUGUUGGAGUGGUGCCAGGUACUGGUUUUGGAGAACUUGUCUACAACCAGGGAUUGAUUUUAAAGAUGUCUUUUCUUAUUUUACUUUUUUUUAAGCAGCAAAUUUUGAUUUUAACCACCUACCCACAGAUCCCAUCUCAGAUCAUUCUGUUACCACCAUUCCAACAGGUCGAGGAGAGCUUAGUUACCUUCCUCUGCCUUGUUUCUCUUUUAUUUUUAUUUUUUGCAUCAGUAUUAAUGUUUUUUGCAUACUUUGCAUCUUUAUUCAAAAAUGUAAACUUUCUUUGUCAAUCUAUGGACAUGCCCAUAUAUGAAGGAGAUGGGUGGGUCAAAAAGGGAUAUCUGAUGAAGUGAUAGGAGCCACGAUGGAGAAAUUUAGUGGUGCAUAACAUUGCCAAGAUAAUGUACCACUGGAAAGGAUGGUGUAAAGGCUUAGUCUUUUUUUUUUUUUAAAGAAAAGUUAUUACGAUGUAUUUUGUGAGGCAGGUUUACAACACUACAAGUCUUGAUUAAGAAGGAAAGAGAAAAAAAAAAAAAAACACCAAUACCCAGAUUUUUAAAAAGAUCAUAGUCUUAGGAGUUCAUUUAAACCAUAGGAACUUUUCACUUAUCUCAUGUUAGCUGUACCAGUCAGUGAUUAAGUAGAACUACAAGUUGUAUAGGCUUUAUUGUUUAUUGCUGGUUUAUGACCUUAAUAAAGUGUAAUUAUGUAUUACCAGCAGGGUGUUUUUAACUGUGACUAUUGUAUAAAAACAAAUCUUGAUAUCCAGAAGCACAUGAAGUUUGCAACUUUCCACCCUGCCCAUUUUUGUAAAACUGCAGUCAUCUUGGACCUUUUAAACACAAAUUUUAAACUCAACCAAGCUGUGAUAAGUGGAAUGGUUACUGUUUAUACUGUGGUAUGUUUUUGAUUACAGCAGACAAUGCUUUCUUUUCCAGUCGUCUUUGAGAAUAAGGAAAAAAUCUUCAGAUGCAAUGGUUUUGUGUAGCAUCUUGUCUAUCAUGUUUUGUAAAUACUGGAGAAGCUUUGACCAAUUUGACUUAGAGAUGGAAUGUAACUUUGCUUACAAAAAUUGCUAUUAAACUCCUGCUUAAGGUGUUCUAAUUUUCUGUGAGCACACUAAAAGCGAAAAAUAAAUGUGAAUAAAAUGUACAAA